AUGAUUCCCUAUCCCACACCGCCUCCUCCACAUAUUCCAGAGGAACACCCGUCUACAGGUUUGGUUAUUCGAGCUAAACGGCAAUUUGGUGGAUUUGGUUGCUGUCCAAUAAUGCCUCCUAUGUGCUGCCCAAUGCCAAUGAUGAUGAUUCCUCCGCCUAUACCACCACCGAUCUUCAUGCCGUCUUGCUGUUCUUGCUGCCUACCAGUCUGUAUGCCUAUCUGUAUAACAGGGUCUGUAAUUUUCCAAGAUUUUGGGAAAACUAGAGCGCAAAUCCUCUUACAGUGA